UAUCGGCAGAUAGCUCAAGUGACAGCCCGGCCCAAAACCUUCACUGCGUUGGUAAAGACCCAGAUCACCUAUAAACACCACCAAUUGUGUGCACAGCUUUUGAUUUUACCAUCUCUACAGCAAGAUUUGAGAAGGUAAAAGUAGUCCAUCGGUCUCAGGUGCCGGCAGGUGAUUCUUGGUGCCUAGUAAGAACCAAGAAAUCAUCAGGUGUAUCCAGGCACAGUGUGUGGUUCAGAACUAAGGUAAAGAGAGUUAUGGUUUGAGAUUGACUGAGUAAUGUCUCCGUCGAUGGUAGUGAGCAUAGCCAGCUGGAUCGCAACUAAUAACCUAUAAAAGUCCACUGCCACCAUGUCAAAGCCUAAGGUGCUCAUCACCCGAUCAGAUAUACCACAGAAAGCGCUAGAUUUAUUAAAUAAAGAAUGUGAAGUGGACAUCUGGCCAGGAACCUUCCCAAUUCCAAGGAAUGAACUGCUGAAGAGAAUUUCUGGGAAGGAUGCUCUCUUUUGCCUCCUUACUGAAAAAAUAGAUGAAGAGGUGUUGGAUGCAGCUGGACUAAGUCUUAAAGUGAUUGGCACAAUGUCAGUCGGACAUGAUCACCUGAGUUUGGAAGAGAUAAAAGAACGUCGUAUAAAAGUGGGAUAUACUCCUGGUGUCUUGACUGAUGCCACUGCAGAGCUCACUGUUGCGUUACUCUUGGCAACGUCUCGCAGGUUGAUUGAGGCACACACGGAGUUACUCAAUGGAGGCUGGGCUAAAUGUGCCUGGUCACCUCUGUGGAUGACAGGUUGGGGUCUAGCGGGCUCAACUGUUGGUAUCUUUGGAUUGGGUCGGAUUGGUCAAGGUGUUGUCCGGAGGUUGCAAGGCUUUGGUGUCAAGAAAUUCGUCUAUAAUGGCCGUUCCCGUAGGAAGGAAGGUGAAGAACUGGGUGCUGAGUACGUUUCCUUCAGUGAACUGCUGCAGGAAUCGGACUUCAUUGUGGUGACUUGUGCUCUCAAUGAUGAAACACGUGAGAUAUUUAAUGAUGAGGCAUUUAGCAAGAUGAAGAAGUCUGCCAUUAUUGUCAACACUUCUCGAGGAGGUGUUAUUAAGCAAGAGUCCUUGAUCAAGGCACUGAGGACCAACCAGAUUCGUGCUGCAGGACUGGAUGUGAUGACCCCAGAACCUCUCCCACCAGACCAUGAACUUACCACUUUGCCGAACUGCACACUGAUACCUCAUAUUGGGAGUGCUGAAACAACAGCAAGGGAAGGAAUGGCUCUAUUGACUGCCAGCAACAUCAUCGCUGGAUUAGGGGAUUGUCCCAUGCCAGCUCGCCUCUGUUGAGGGAUUCUCAUAACACUAUUACAGUAGUUUAUAUUUGAAAAGGAAAUGUACUGUCCCCCAAAAAAUUAUUGUUAGAUUUUCCGUUGCUACAAUUUGGAAUGCUUGACGAAAUGCUCGCCAUAUUAACAACCAAAGACCAUAGAGUAAAUAUAGGAAAACUUGGCUGAGAUGAACUGAAACCAUUGUGCACAAAUAAAAAAGAUGCCAGAUAUUCCCAUAAUAGUGCCAUCUAUUGAACCAGCAGAGAAUUAAGUUUAAGGAAGGGAUACUGAAUAAUUUUAAUGCUGUAUCAUUUACAAGUCUCCAUCAACCAUAUAUGAGUAGCCCUAUAUUGUAUUUUCUGGUUUCAGAAUACACAGUGGUCCCUCGGUUAACGGAAUUUUGGUUAACGAAUUACCUUCCAUAAGAAUCUUCAAUUUGGUUAACGAAAAAAAAUUUGAUUAACAAAAUCCUUACGAAAAUCACAU